AGUGUUGACCACCUAAGAUACCACUCCUGCUCCAAAGAUUACAGCUCCCUUGUCAUUCUGACUCCUGGGCUUACCCUACACCCCAGAGAUGGAGCAACUACUAGGAAUAAAACUUGGCUGCCUGUUUGCCCUGUUGGCUCUCACUCUGGGCUGUGGCCUCACUCCCAUCUGCUUCAAAUGGUUCCAGAUUGAUGCAGCCAGAGGUCAUCACCGGCGAGUCCUCAGACUCCUGGGCUGUAUUUCUGCUGGUGUUUUCCUGGGAGCAGGAUUCAUGCAUAUGACUGCUGAAGCCCUGGAGGAAAUUGAAUCACAGAUUCAGAAGUUCAUGGUGCAGAACAGAUCAGCAAGUGAGAGAAAUUCUUCUGGUGAUGCUGAUUCAGCUCAUAUGGAGUAUCCCUAUGGAGAGCUCAUCAUCUCCCUGGGCUUCUUUUUUGUCUUCUUUUUGGAGUCGCUGGCAUUGCAGUGCUGUCCUGGGGCUGCUGGAGGAUCGACAGUGCAGGACGAAGAAUGGGGUGGGGCUCAUAUCUUCGAACUCCACAGCCAUGGACAUUUACCCUCACCCUCAAAGAGUCCCCUCCGAGCCCUUGUCCUCUUGCUGUCACUCUCCUUUCACUCAGUGUUUGAAGGGCUAGCUGUGGGGCUGCAGCCGACAGUAGCAGCUACCGUGCAGCUCUGCCUUGCUGUCCUGGCUCAUAAGGGGCUUGUGGUGUUUGGUGUAGGAAUGCGGCUAGUGCAUUUAGGUACCAGCUCACGAUGGGCAGUGUUCUCCAUACUAUUAUUAGCUCUCAUGUCCCCCCUGGGCCUAGCCGUAGGGCUGGCUGUGACUGGAGGGGACUCUGAAGGAGGGCGGGGCUUAGCCCAGGCUGUGUUAGAGGGUGUGGCAGCUGGUACCUUCCUGUAUGUCACCUUCCUAGAAAUUCUUCCACGGGAGCUAGCUAGUCCUGAGGCCCCUCUAGCUAAGUGGAGCUGUGUAGCCGCUGGUUUUGCCUUCAUGGCCUUUAUUGCCUUGUGGGCCUGAGAGAUUCCUGGCUUUUCUGAUGGACCUAUUUAGGACAACCUCUCUAUCCCCAGGGAGACCUCCCAAAUGGCUUUGGCCCUCAGACAUUUCUUUACUCAGACUAAAUAGCAUUCAAUAGGACUGGACUGGACCCCAGGUUUCCUUUACAUGAGAUCCCAUUUCUCACCCUGGACUAAGAAAAAGAUAUUUAGGUUGAGCAGCUAUUAAUUGGAGAAUUGGUACAGAGACGCUCCAGAUUUUAUUCUUGUCCCGUUUAUGCUACUGUGUGUAAUAAAAUGCCCAUUUUACCCUC